AUGAACGAGAGCAAUAGCCAGAGUGGGAACAGCAGUGAGGGGCACACCCUGCUGAGAAUGAACGACUCUGUGCGCCUGAACCUCUUCACAUCUCUGGUCCAGGUCAUGGUGUGGCCUUUCCUCUGUAUAGAAGUCUUUAUGAUCUUUGUGUUUUUAAAGAAAGAGGCCUUCAGGGCAGAGGCACGCUACGUGAUGUUUGCCCAGACCCUGUUUGCGGACUCGUGCAUCCUGGUGCUGACUGACUUUGUGGUGAUCACUAUGCACGUUCAGCUUGAAUUGCCCAUCAGCAUUUGCAUACCACUUGUCAUAUUGAUGGACGUUUUAUCCAAUGUCUCACCCACCAUUAUAGUAGCCAUGUGUUUAGAGCGGUAUGUUGCUAUCUGCAUGCCCCUAAGGCAUGUUGACAUUUUUGCCCCCAAUAGGACUGUUCUUUACAUAGCCCUGAUCUGGCUUCUGUGUUUUUUCAUACCAUUUGUUGACCUGAUUAUCAUGCUCGCCUUUGCCACAAAAGACUACUUUGAAGAGCUUACCUUCUGUUACUAUGAAAUCAUGUUUUACGAGGAUUGGCACAUGGAGAUGAGGGGAAUAUUUUACAUCGGUGAUUGCUUAAUGAUUUUGAGCAUCCUGCUGUUCUGCUACGUCUCCAUCAUUGUCGUGGCCCACAGGGCCUCUGGUGAUGACAAGCAGUCGGCCUCUAAGGGCCAGCGCACCAUAUUGCUGCACCUGUUCCAGCUCCUUCUGAGCACACUGGAGGUCAUGUGUCCUUAUGUGGAGUCCCAGGUCCUGGAAAUUAGUCUCGAAGUCUACCUCAUUGUGCGUUUUUUCAACUUUCUGGCAUUUUCUAUCCUUGCCAAGAUAAUGAGCACACUAAUCUAUGGCCUCAGGGAUGAAAAGUUCCUGGCGGCAAUGAAGUUUUAUGUAACAUUAAAGAGCAAAGUACAUCAUGUCCCUAACAAAUAA